AUGGACUUCAGGGACCCAAGGUGACUACCAAUCAUUUUCAAAUAAUAAGUGUCUUCAAAUGGAGUGAAAUAACAAUGUCCUGGAUCGGCCCCCAUAUCUCUACAGUACCACGUUGCAAUAAGGAACCCUUUAUAAAUAGUUUGUUAAGGGUGUAUAAGACGUUUGUGACAAUAUAUUAUUAAUUUGUUGAUCAGUGAUACCCUGUGCAUGGCAGACAAUUCACACCAUCUUUACUACAGUAUCACAAGCACCAAAAUGACGAGAACUACUUGUUUUAUAGUCUGUAACUCUCUUAUAAAUCAAUGCAAACCUUUGAUAAAGGGUACCUUAAUGUAAUUUCAACCCAGUCUGUCCUUACGUCACUAUACAAUGUCACCAGGUCACAACAUCAAACGUGUCAUCUCUCCCCUUCUACCCACAUCUCAUUAUCAGUGUCUCACACAUGCACACACACACACACACACACACACACACACACACACACACACACACAUACACCUACCUACCUACCCACAUCUUCCCCUAUAAGCUCAGACAGAAUGUUGGUCUUUGAUGUCCCCAGAGUUCUAUUUCUGAUCCCCUCAUGACGCAGUGGAUUAAUAAUGUGGUAUUAAUAAUUCUGUCUGUUAGUUGGUGGCGUCGAUACAAAAGAUAUCCUUGAAAAACUCAAUGGACUUUUUUUCUCUCCGACAAUCACUUUGUAACUCAUUUGUUGACAAUUCUCUUUGUUCUACAAGGGGGAACUUGGUGAAAAAGGACACAAGGUAAAUGCUUUUCGAAUGCAGUAAUGUGACAGAGCAAAGCCCGACCCAAGGUCUUUUUAAGCAGUUAUGUUGUGAACAUUUAAGUAUUUGUAUUUAUUGAAAUAUCUAACUAGAAGGACUCCUGCACACUGUACUGUAUAUUUGCAAAUGAAACGUAUCUAAUUGCCAUUAUUGUGUUGUUGUGCUUUUAGGGUGAGCCAGGUAUUGGCCACAGAGGUCCUGUGGGACAGGCUGGUCCACCCGGAACUAAGGUAGACUCCCACACCAUCACUAAGCUCUGCCCCCUACUUAGUCUAAAACGAUUCAGCUUUAACUGGCUUCAAUUGACAAUUUUGUCACUUGAGGGCCUGAUUGUUGCUAUGGAGAUACAAUAGUCUAGAGGAAACACUGAACUUCAGUAGCUGCUGGAGAAAUACCAACACUGUCCGUACCUGUCUCCUAUUUGCUGUCCCGCCCCCCUCUCUCUGUGAUUGUCUUUCUGUCUCUCUUUCUCUUUCAAUUAAUUUGUGAAUUGUUGUUAUCUUCCAUUUACAAACCAAAACACUAAAACGUAUGGAAUUAAUAACUGCAAGGGAAUUAUCAUUUAAAUGAUACCAGUGCAGUAAUUAGAGCAAUGAUAAAAAUACAAAUAUUCACUUUCUAUCUUGGUCCCUCUGUCUCUCAUUCUCUCCUUCUGUCUGUCUGUCGUCUGUCUGUCUGUCUGUCUGUCUGUCUGUCUGUCUGUCUGUCUGUCUGUCUGUCUGUCUGUCUGUCUGUCUGUCUGUCUGUCUGUCUGUCUGUCUCUGUCUCUCUCUAUCUCUGUCUCUUUCUCUCCUUCUGUCUGUAUGUCUCUCUCUCUAUCUCUGUCUCUGUCUCUCUUUUUGUCUGUGUCUGCAUGUCUGUCCUUCUCCCUCUGUCAGGGUGAGCCUGGUGAACCGGGUCCCUCUGGAGCUCAGGGUAUUCAGGGUGUCCGUGGUAACCCCGGUAUCUCAGGUUCUCAGGGCCUGAGGGGCCAACCAGGAGACCCAGGAGAGGCGGGAAGAGAGGUGAGGAGUCCCCGACCAUCCCUUCAACCUGGGGCCAGGAGUUUGUCCUGAUUACUGGAAGGCUUUGUACUGUAGUUAUAGGAAACUCAACACCUUGUACUGUAUAGUAUUAUGGAAACUCAACACCUUGUACUGUAGUGGCAGGUAGCUUAGUGGUUAAGAGCGUUGUGCCAGUAACGAAAGGUCGCUGGUUCUAAUCCCUGAGCCGACUAGGUGAAAAAUCUGUCGAUGUGCCCUUGAGCAGGCACUUAACCCUAAUUGCUCCUGUAAGUCGCUCUGGAUAAGAGCGUCUGCUAAAUGACUCAAAUGUAAAUGUAAAUGUAGUUAUAGGAAAGUCAACACCUUGUACUGUAGUUAUAAGAGACUCAACACCUUGAACUGUAGUUAUAAGAGACUCAACACCUUGUACUGUAGUUGUAAGAGACUCAACACCUUGUACUGUAGUUAUAAGAAACUCCAGGCCUUGUAGUUUUAGCCUAUUUCCUGGUCAGAUCAUGUGGUCCAAAAAAUGUUGCCGCCCAAUUUAUGUCAAAUUCAGCACUAACCAGAAAGCCAGAACAAAGAUAUGUUUUCAAAGGGCAAAAAUACUGCCUACUAAGUAGGAAGAUAAUUGUUAUAAAGCAUGAUGUGUUCUUACUGUUUUUGUUCAUCUGUAGGGGGACAGGGGUAGAAGGGGUAAGAACGGAUCAUCCGGGACUCCAGGAACUAAAGGGAAACCUGGAAUAGAGGUAUGGAGAAAUAUAACUUGCCCUAGGCAUUGUUUGCCUUCCUAUGGUUAUCAUGUAACAUAAUGGAUGUUUUCUGUUUACCAAAGGGUCCACCUGGUCUACCUGGGACGAAAGGAGAUAAGGGCGACAGUAUCCCGGGGGAACCAGGCGUCAGGGGUGUGGUUGGGAUCACAGGUCGCAGGGUGAGAUGGAACAAUGGGCAUAAUGACCUCAGAGAUAGAAUCUUGGCAGCAUUGUAAAAGAUAGAAAAGCUGCUCAUCAUGACGCAGUAACAACAGGAUGGCACAACAUGCACCAUUUUUAUAUUUGUGAUGUGUUUUUGUUUGUGACAGGGUGAAAAGGGCACUGCAGGAGUCAUAGGAGCCCCAGGACACACUGUGAGUUAACAUCAUCACCUUUCAUGAUAUGGACCGUCCAGAGGAGGCUGGUGGGAGAAGCUAAGAAGGACGGCUCAUUUUAAUGGCUGGAAUGCAAUAAAUCGAACGCCGUCAAAUGUGGUUUCCAGAUGUUAUGUGUUUGAUAACAUUCCAGCCACUAGAAUGAGCCCAUCCUCCUAUAGCUCUUCCCACCAGCCUCCUCUGGUACAGUCAUGUAGUUAAGCACAUUUGUUACAUAGCUACCUUGACCCUUGACCUCUUUUACUUAGGGUCCAAAGGGCUUCCCGGGCAGCAAAGGAGCAAAGGUAGGUUGACGGUUACUUCUUUGAUGACAUGGUAAUUUUGGUAGACUAUUCUGUGAAAAAAUUAUAACAAGGUGCGAUUGAGUGGGUCUUACUAAAUACUUUUAGAUUUUAGAUUUUCAUACACUCAUACAUCCACUCAGGUUCUCCAGAUAAUUUAGAUACUUUUACUUUAGAGAUAGUUUUAAAGAUGGUUUUGACAGCCCGGUGUUUCAGAGUUCAGUCAAAUUCUCUGCUCGUUCUAUUGAAGUGUCACUUCUGUCUCUUCAAACCCUCUUUAGAACCCUCUUUAGAACCCUAUUUUUUAAACAUGUUUCAACACUCACCAUGUGGCCAGUCUAUUUCAAUUAACUUCAGUUGAUUUUUGUGUGUAUAUAGGGAUGUGGAGAAUGAACAUGAAGAGUCCAUUUUUAUAUGUAACUACCUGAUACAGCCAUAUAGUAUAUAGUUUGUGUUUUCUACACACAGACUUCAAAUAAAUAGUAUCUCAUAGACCCAUGCAGGCUGGGCACCAUUUGGUGUAUGACACUAAAAUACAAACACUGUAAAUCAAUCAAUCAAUCAUAGUAUGAAUGUUAUAAGCCAUUGAUUCCUUUCAUAAAAUACCUACUGACGUAAUAUAUUUUCACAGGGUGACAGAGGUUUAGCAGGAGUACAAGGAGAGAGGGUGAGGUAUACAUUACAUAAGUACUACACUAAGAGUGUUUUGUGCAUGAUUCAUUAAUAUAUGAUGUACCUUCUUUAUGUUUAGGGAAGCCCUCUCCAAAUCCAGGGACCCAGAGGCUACAAGGGCUUAAAAGGAGAAGGGGUGAGAAACAAGUCCCUGAAAACAAGUCCCCCAAAAUGUAUUUUGAAUGCUAAUUUAUGUUCUAGAGCAAUCCUCCUUAAAAAAAAAUGUUAUUUUAGAGAGAUAGCUUUUGCAUUUUCACAUUGUGUGUUUUCCCGCUGAAGAGGCUGUUUAUCUGUUAUGUUUGUUUGUUUUAGGGAGAGCGAGGCUCCCCAGGUUUCGAUGGAGAUAAAGGCGAGAAGGGAGAGGACGGGCCCCCGGGGUUCAAAGUGCAUGAAAUAACAUUUUAUGUGGAAAAAAGAGAGAAAGAAAGAUUGUUAAUAGAUUUAAAGAAAGAGAGUCAAACACCAACAGAAAGAGAAAAUACAUUAUCCAUAACAUGGAAGCCAAAGCACGUACUGUUCUAACGUUCAGCUUUUUGCUCUCCAUCCGAAGGGCCUCAAAGGAGAAGCAGGGGCCAAAGGAGCCAUGGGGCUGUUUGGGGUCCGCGGACCAGUGGGCCAGAAGGUCCGUAGGAAAUACAGCAUGUAUCAAUCUACAGGCUACAUGGAACCACUGUUAUCAGAUCUAUGCUGCUACGUGUAUGCUCACUGUUGUUCUGUGCUUCCAGGGAGAUACUGGCGAGCCUGGAGUCAAUGGAGAAGUGGUGGGUAUUUAUCUGACACACUUUAACAGUGUCCAAAUAAACAGGAUCAGUAUAACUGUAUAUAUACUAUGGUGGCGUGGAAUGUGGUCAAAAACAGGCUUUGUUGAUUGGCUUGUUGUUGUCACAGGGUCGUAAUGGGGACGAUGGAUUGGACGGAGCCACAGGAGCCAAAGGAGACAUGGGACUCCAGGGACAGAAGGGAGAUCAGGUGAGGAGAGUGUGGCAAAGAGCAUAGAAAUUAGAGACAAAUAGAACCUGUCAUCUGUUAUGUUGUGAAUCAUUAUACAGUCAUUCUAUUCUGUUCCAUUCUGAUAUUCUAUUCCUAGGGUGACAGAGGUGAACCUGGUUUACCGGGGGAUACUGGGCAGACAGGAGAGAAGGUGAGGGCUUGAUCAUAAUGUAUUAGGCAUGUUAAUGAGAUGGUAAUGCAAUGAUCAAAGGUAACUCUUGGUUGUGGUUGUUGCACAGGGAUUCCGAGGCCUACCUGGACGCAUAGGAAGCACUGGGCUUGAUGGAGAAAAGGUUAGUUGCCUGCUGUGGGAAUCAAUACAAUGAUCACAACAACACAUUGUGCUCCAGGAAGCAUCGUCAGUACCACUCACCCACAAAAGUCAAGGUUUACAGUAGUGGCAACUAGCUGCCACACGCUGGAUACAAUUUAGUAUACUGUUCAAUCCUCUGACCUAAUAGGUCACUGUCAGACUAUGGUCAAUGGUUGCACAGUUUCAGACACAGUUUCAGUGGAAAUUGAAGUAUUUCAUCAUUGUUUGACACAGGGAGAGAUGGGGAUUCCUGGAACCCCAGGACUUCCAGGGAUCAAUGGACUCACAGGACGGAAGGUAAGCACAAACACUGUAAUUCCAAUCUCCAAGGGUGUCUGAUGGGGUUGGGAUAUGCAAGAAAAACAUUUCCAUUUCACACAUACACACUUGUAUAUGUGAAACAGGACAAAUAUAAGCACCCACCUAAUUAUUUAUUAAUUAUUUAUAUACAGACACAAAUCAAAAUCAUUCUCACUAAUCUUCUGAAAAGUGUUGAUUGUGAUGUGUUGUGUUGAUGUGUUGUGUUGAUGUGAUGUGUUGAUAUGUUGUGUUGAUGUGUUGUGUUGAUGUAUUGUGUUGAUGUGUUGUGUUGAUGUGUUGUGUUGAUGUGUUGAUGUGUUGAUGUGUUGAUGUGUUGUGUUGAUGUGUAGGGGGAAAAAGGGAACGAGGGUAUCAAUGGAGUAGAGGGAGCCCCAGGACUGAAAGGAGAGAAGGUUGGUUCAAAUCACAUGUAAAUAUCUGCCUUUAUUAGACCGAUAGAAUACAAUCGCUCGUUGAAAUUAUUACUAUUCAUAUUCUACGUACUACAGAGGAAUGUGGAAAUAUUCAUAUAGUUCUUGAAGCAUUAUGUUUUUCUCCCAUCAUGCACCAUUCAUGUUGUCCCUGUCUUGUGCAGGGCACCACUGGUUUCCCAGGGUUCCCUGGGUUUAAGGGGUCAGCAGGGACACCAGGAAGUGAUGGAGUGGAGGGGCGACCAGGAAGUAAUGGGUCCAAGGGAGAGACAGGAACCAAGGUAGAUUGAGGUUGCCUUCCGGUCAAGGUUAUUAUAGUAAAUGAAAACUGAAACUAAAAUAAAAACUAAAAUUGGAAAAACUAUUUAGUAAAUUGAAAUAAAAAUAUUUGAAAAACUUAAACUGUACUGAAACUAUUAUCUUUGCCUGCAAAACUAACUAAAAUAGUUUAUUUUUCUUCUAAUUUUGGGGCAAAACUAAUUUAAAAUUGAGUUUUCGAGGUUCUGAAUCUGGUGGUUAUAGGCCUAGCUUGUGCAUCACUAUCACUAGCUAUCACUAGCUAACAGGGAAGAAAUCCAAGGGCGAGCACGGAGCGUGACUGGGCCAAGCAAGAACAGCUUGUGAAGUUAAUGGAGCCGUUCGCAAUACAUACCGACCAACUUCAAACUGACAGCCAAACUGAUGUGGUACUGUGCCUUCUCAACCUUGAGGCACACUUGCAGUCAACACUGUUGCAAAACAGUUGGUACAGGUCCUCCUGAAGUCACUGCAUGAGCGCUUCGCAUGCAUACUGAAUGGCAGCCAACUUCAAUCCAACAAGGCAUGAAGUGCCCCGUGUGAGAUGGGGAAAUACCUGGAAGAGGUAAAGGAGGGCAUGUUUACAGAGUCACCUCUCCAGUUCUGGCAGGCAAAUGGCUGUUUAUCCAAAGCUGUGCUCUGUGGCACUAGAUCUGGUUUCUGCACCUGCAUCCCAAGUGUUUGUGGAGAGAAUAUUCUCUGUCUGUGGACAACUGUCAUCAAACGAACACCUCUCUUGAAGAUAAACCAGAAAAUCUUGUUUGCUUGAACAGAAACAAACACACACACACAAGCUGGCUGGCUGUGAACUGAUAGAUUUGUGGAGAAGUGUUGUAUUGCUUAUGUUUUUGCUGCUGUUGCAGCUGUUUUUAUUAGCCAUAUUUGAAGGGGUUAGUCAGUGAUACAUGUUUAAUAUUACAUAAAUAUAAAAUGUCAAAUGUAUCAUGACUUCAUUUGUAGUUUUUGUGUCAGAUAAAGGUACAGGUACUUGAUUCUUCUUCUACUAAAGUUAAAAAAGCAAAGGGAUUGGUGUAAACAUGAGUUUCCUUCCACAAUAUUUCUUGCACCAGUCUAGGCACUUAUCCUUCCAAUCCAAUUCACAAUAGGAUUGAUUUAUAAUUUACACCUAACCAAACCUAUGUCCUGGCCACGGAGUUGUAUGGAGUACUCUAGUGGCCAAAAGCCUGUGUUUACAGUGGGGGGGAAAGUAUUUAGUCAGCCACCAAUUGUGCAAGUUCUCCCACUUAAAAAGAUGAGAGAGGCCUGUAAUUUUCAUCAUAGGUACGCGUCAACUAUGACAGACAAAUUGAGGAAAAAAAUUCCAGAAAUUCACAUUUUAGGAUUUUUAAUGAAUUUAUUUGCAAAUUAUGGUGGAAAAUAAGUAUUUGGUCACCUACAAACAAGCAAGAUUCCUGGCUCUCACAGACCUGUAACUUCUUCUUUAAGAGGCUCCUCUGUCCUCCACUCGUUACCUGCAUUAAUGGCACCUGUUUGAACUUGUUAUCAGUAUAAAGGACACCUGUCCACAACCUCAAACAGUCACACUCCAAACUCCACUAUGGCCAAGACCAAAGAGCUGUCAAAGGACACCAGAAACAAAAUUGUAGACCUGCACCAGGCUGGGAAGACUGAAUCUGCAAUAGGUAAGCAGCUUGGUUUGAAGAAAUCAACUGUGGGAGCAAUUAUUAGGAAAUGGAAGACAUACAAGACCAUUGAUAAUCUCCCUCGAUCUGGGGCUCCACGCAAGAUCUCACCCCGUGGGGUCAAAAUGAUCACAAGAACGGUGAGCAAAAAUCCCAGAACCACACGGGGGGACCUAGUGAAUGACCUGCAGAGAGCUGGGACCAAAGUAACAAAGCCUACCAUCAGUAACACACUACGCCGCCAGGGACUCAAAUCCUGCAGUGCCAGACGUGUCCCCCUGCUUAAGCCAGUACAUGUCCAGGCCCGUCUGAAGUUUGCUAGAGUGCAUUUGGAUGAUCCAAAAGAGGAUUGGGAGAAUGUCAUAUGGUCAGAUGAAACCAAAAUAGAACUUUUUGGUAAAAACUCAACUCGUCGUGUUUGGAGAAUGCUGAGUUGCAUCCAAAGAACACCAUACCUACUGUGAAGCAUGGGGGUGGAAACAUCAUGCUUUGGGGCUGUUUUUCUGCAAAGGGACCAGCACGACUGAUCCGUGUAAAGGUAAAAAUGAAUGGGGCCGUGUAUCGUGAGAUUUUGAGUGAAAACCUCCUUCUAUCAGCAAGGGCAUUGAAGAUGAAACGUGGCUGGGUCUUUCAGCAUGACAAUGAUCCCAAACACACCGCCCGGGCAACGAAGGAGUGGCUUCGUAAGAAGCAUUUCAAGGUCCUGGAGUGGCCUAGCCAGUCUCCAGAUCUCAACCCCAUAGAAAAUCUUUGGAGGGAGUUGAAAGUCUGUGUUGCCCAGCGACAGCCCCAAAACAUCACUGCUCUAGAGGAGAUCUGCAUGGAGGAAUGGGCCAAAAUACCAGCAACAGUGUGUGAAAACCUUGUGAAGACUUACAGAAAACGUUUGACCUCUGUCAUUGCCAACAAAGGGUAUAUAACAAAGUAUUGAGAAACUUUUGUUAUUGACCAAAUACUUAUUUUCCACCAUAAUUUGCAAAUAAAUUCAUUAAAAAUCCUACAAUGUGAUUUUCUGGAUUUUUUUUUCUCAUUUUGUCUGUCAUAGUUGACGUGUACCUAUGAUGAAAAUUACAGGCCUCUCUCAUCUUUUUAAGUGGGAGAACUUGCACAAUUGGUGGCUGACUAAAUACUUUUUUUCCCCACUGUACAUGGGCAGCGCCAUUGAGGACUUUCGACAUUUUGAUUUGGCAUGACCUGAUGGCCCGGUUGGAGUGGUGACAGCUGGGUCAUCAGGAGGGAUCAGCCAAUUCAUUUUACUAGUGAAGAAGAAAAUGGACUAUUUCAUGAUGGCGUCUGUGAGGGCUGUCCUUCCUGACACAGACGCUAUCAUGACACAGAUACAGGGAUGUUAUGUUUUUCCAAGUCUAUGGUCCUGGCCAUCAUCUUACUGCCCCCCAGUGGCAAGAAGUGACAUCCCAAAAAAACGAACUAUAGGCCUAAUGGCUAGCCUUCCAUUGGCCACUUUCUGUCCCUAACAGAAAAAAAAACGACAUAGAAAGGUUUUUAUCAAACUGAAACUAAAUAAAAACUAGUCAAUCAAGUCUGAAAACUAACUGAAACUAAACAGAAUUUCAAAGAAAAAUCUAAAAACUAAUAGAAAUAAAAAACUAAUCGUAAAUCACCAAACUAUAGUAUCCUUGCUUCCGGUAACCUAUUGUAUAUUGGUGUCAUGGAAGCAGAAUUUUGUGUAUACUCUGUGUCUGUUCGUGUGUCUGUGUGUCUGUCCGUGUGUCUGUGUGUCUGUCUGUGUAUGUCUGUGUAUGUGUCUGGCUCAGUCUGUCUGUCUGUCUGUCUGUCUGACUGUCUGACUGUCUGUCUAUGUCCUUCAUGCAUGCAUAACAACAACAACAACAAUAACAACCCCAGCCCAACCAACCCCAGAACCCAGUUUUGCCCAGUCACAGUGCACCUUAAAGAAUCCACUUUCCACAAAAGUUACAACAAUAAAAAAAGAACCAGACAACGUCAUGAUGAGAUGAAACAAGCCUGAUUACAGCAGGCACAUUGUCCACCUAUCAGAAUGGCUGUCAGAUAGAUAGACAGGCAGGAGACUACAUUCCAAUGUCUAGCAACGCAUAGGAAGGAAGAGAAUAGAGGCAUAAUUAAGACACAGAAAUGGGUCUAAUUUCUGAUGCGGCGGGAACGCUAUCCAAACCUCUAUGUUAAUAACUCCUUUCAGCCACAAUUAGUAGCCUGUUGAUGUUGAUAGGAGAGAAGGGAUGGAGAGGAUGUAAUGAGAACGUUUUAUCACAAAACAUCUGGAUGUGUUAGAUAUUUAUAGGAUAACUAGUGAGGCAAGAUAAGCCUAAUGAUCGGGUUGAGCUUUAGUUAGGCAACUACGUUGUAAGGAAGUAUGUAGUAGAAAAGUAUGUAGUAGGGAAGUACGUAGUAGGGAAGUACGUUGUAAGGAAGUAUGUAGUAGAAAAGUAUGUAGUAGGGAAGUACGUAGUAGGGAAGUACAUAGUAGGGAAGUACGUAGUAGGGAAGUACGUAGUAGGGAAGUACGUAGUAGGGAAGUACGUAGUAGGGAAGUACGUAGUAAGGAAGUACGUAGUAGGGAAGUACGUAGUAGGGAAGUACGUAGUAGGGAAGUACGUUGUAAGGAAGUAUGUAGUAGAAAAGUAUGUAGUAGGGAAGUACGUAGUAGGGAAGUACAUAGUAGGGAAGUACGUAGUAGGGAAGUACGUAGUAGGGAAGUACGUAGUAGGGAAGUACAUAGUAGGGAAGUACGUAGUAGGGAAGUACGUAGUAGGGAAGUACGUAGUAGGGAAGUACGUAGUAAGGAAGUACGUAGUAGAGAAGUACGUAGUAGGGAAGUACGUAGUAAGGAAGUACGUAGUAGGGAAGUACGUAGUAGGAGAGUACGUAGUAGGGAAGUACGUAGUAGGGAAGAACGUAUUAGGGAAGUACGUAUUAGGGAAGUACGUAGUAGAGAAGUACGUAGUAGGGAAGUACGUAGUAGGAGAGUACGUAGUAGGGAAGUACGUAGUAGGAGAGUACGUAGUAGGGAAGUACGUAGUAGGGAAGUACGUAGUAGGGAAGAACGUAUUAGGGAAGUACGUAUUAGGGAAGUACGUAGUAGGGAAGUACGUAGUAGGGAAGUACGUAGUAAGGAAGUACGUAGUAGGGAAGUACGUAGUAGGGGAGUAUGUAGUAGGAAAGUACGUAGUAGGGAAGUAUGUAGUAGGGAAGUACGUAGUAGGGAAGUACGUAGUAGGGAAGUAUGUAGUAGGGAAGUACGUUUUAGGGAAGUACGUAGUAGGGAAGUACGUGUUCCUCUUAUAAUAGUAUAAAAUUUUUGUAAAAUGGAAUUUAGAGUGAAGGAUGUUGUUGGUUUGUAUUUCUAUGUGAGAGAGUGUGUGUGUAAGUGUGUCUGUCUGUGUGUGUGCCUAUCUGUGCCUGCCUGUUUGUGCAUGUGCCUGUGAGCGCACAUGUACGUGGGCUUGCUAGCAUGCUCAGCACCUGUGUGAGUAAGUGCGUUCUCAAUUUGACUGUGUUGUUGUCCCAGGGAGAGAGGGGCAGGAGAGGCAGAGGGAAGCCUUGUCAGACAGGACCACCUGGAACUCCAGGACAAAGAGGAGGCAGUGUAAGCUACUUCCCAGACCAGACACAUCCCUUAGCAAAAACUAUUGCAGCCAGAGUGCAGUAUAACUGCAGUUAGAGUGCAGUAAAACUGCAGUUAGAGUGCAGUAGAACUGCAGUAUGCUGCAAAUACUGCGUCCACAAUACAUUUUUUUUACUGCAGUAAUUUUGCAGUGUAACUGCAGUUAGUGUGCAGUAGAACUGCAGUUCAACUGCAGUACACUGCAGUUCAACUGCAGUUAUUCUGCAAUUACUGUGUCCAAAAUAUCACAGUUGACGGCAGUUACUGCACUUUUACUGCAGUUUCAAAACCAAAAUAUUUUUUUGUAAAGGACAGCACUCACACAUAUGUUGUUGUUAAUGUAUAAAUACCUAAUGGGAGUUACUGUCCCUAGGCUGGUUGACAGUAAUAAUUGCUGUGAUAAUAACCAGUGUGUCUUUUCCAGGGAGAGCUUGGAAACGAGGGACUAAAGGGAGAGAAAGGGGAACCUGGACUCUCUGUAAGUGCAUCUUACUUAUACACAUUUACAUUUACAUUUACGUCAUUUAGCAGACGCUCUUAUCCAGAGCGACUUACAAAUUGGUGCAUUCACCUUAUAGCCAGUGGGAUAACCACUUGACAGUGUUUUUUUAUUUUUUUGGGGGGUGGGGUUGGGUAAGGUGGGGGGUAGAAGGAUUACUUUAUCCUAUCCCAGGUAUUCCUUAAAGAGGUGGGGUUUCAAAUGUCUCCGGAAGGUGGUGAGUGACUCCGCUGUCCUGGCGUCGUGAGGGAGCUUGUUCCACCAUUGGGGUGCCAGAGCAGCGAACAGUUUUGACUGGGCUGAGCGGGAACUGUGAUUCCGCAGAGGUAGGGGAGCCAGCAGGCCAGAGGUGGAUGAAUACAAUGCCCUCGUUUGGGUGUAGGGACUGAUCCGAGCCUGAAGGUACGGAGGUGCCGUUCCCCUCACAGCUCCGUAGGCAAGCACCAUGGUCUUGUAGCAGAUGCGAGCUUCAACUGGAAGCCAGUGGAGUGUGCGGAGGAGCGGGGUGACGUGAGAGAACUUGGGAAGGUUGAACACCAGACGGGCUGCGGCAUUCUGGAUGAGUUGUAGGGGUUUAAUGGCACAGGCAGGGAGCCCAGCCAACAGCGAGUUGCAGUAAUCCAGACGGGAGAUGACAAGUGCCUGGAUUAGGACCUGUGCCGCUUCCUGUGUAAGGCAGGGUCGUACUCUCCGAAUGUUGUAGAGCAUGAAUCUACAGGAUCGGGUCACCGCCUUGAUGUUAGCGGAGAACGACAGGGUGUUGUCCAGGGUCACGCCAAGGCUCUUCGCACUCUGGGAGGAGGACACAACGGAGUUGUCAACCGUGAUGGCGAGAUCAUGGAACGGGCAGUCGUUCCCCGGGAGGAAGAGCAGCUCCGUCUUGCCAAGGUUCAGCUUGAGGUGGUGAUCCGUCAUCCAUACUGAUAUGUCUGCCAAACAUGCAGAGAUGCGAUUCGCCACCUGGUUAUCAGAAGGGGGAAAGGAGAAGAUUAGUUGUGUGUCGUCUGCGUAGCAAUGAUAGGAGAGGCCAUGUGAGGAUAUGACAGAGCCAAGUGACUUGGUGUAUAGCGAGAAUAGGAAAGGGCCUAGAACUGAGCCCUGGGCGACACCAGUGGUGAGAGCACGUGGUGCGGAGACAGCUUCUCGCCACGCCACUUGGUAGGAGCGACCGGUCAGGUAGGACGCAAUCCAAGAGUGAGCCGUGCCGUAGAUGCCCAGCUCGGAGAGGGUGGAGAGGAGGAUCUGAUGGUUCACGGUAUCAAAGGCAGCAGACAGGUCUAGAAGGACACGAGCAGAGGAGAGAGAGUUAGCUUUAGCAGUGCGGAGAGCCUCCGUGACACAGAGAAGAGCAGUCUCAGUUGAAUGACCAGUCUUGAAACCUGACUGGUUUGGAUCAAGAAGGUCAUUCUGAGAGAGAUAGCAAGAGAGUUGGCUAAAGACGGCACGCUCAAUAGUUUUGGAGAGAAAAGAAAGAAGGGAUACUGGUCUGUAGUUGUUGACAUCAGAGGGAUCGAGUGUUGGUUUUUUGAGAAGGGGUGCAACUCUCGCUCUCUUGAAGAUGGAAGGGACAUAGCCAGCGGUCAAGGAUGAGUUGAUCAGCGAGGUGAGGUAAGGGAGAAGGUCACCGGAGAUGGUCUGGAGAAGAGAGGAGGGGAUAGGAUCAAGCGGGCAGGUUGUUGGGCGGCCGGCCGUCACAAGUCGCAAGAUUUUAUCUGGAGAGAGAGGGGAGAAAUAAGUCAAAGCAUAGGGUAGGGCAGUGUGAGCAGGACCAGCAGUGUAAUUUGACUUAACAAACGAGGAUCGGAUGUCGUCAACCUUCUUUUCAAAAUGGUUGACGAAGUCAUCCACAGAGAGGGAGGAGGGGGGGAGUGGGAGGAGGAUUCAGCAGGGAGGAGAAGGUGGCAAAGAGCUUCCUAGGGUUAGAGGCAGAUGCUUGGAAUUUAGAGUGGUAGAAAGUGGCCUUAGCAGCAGAAACAGAUGAAGAAAAUGUAAAGAGGAGGGAGUGAAAAGAUGCCAGGUCCGCAGGGAGUCUAGUUUUCCUCCAUUUCCGCUCGGCUGCCCGGAGCCCUGUUCUGUGAGCUCGCAAUGAGUCAUCAAGCCACGGAGCUGGAGGGGAGGACCGAGCCGGCCGGGAGGAUAGGGGACAUAGAGAGUCAAAGGAUGCAGAAAGGGAGGAGAGGAGGGUUGAGGAGGCAGAAUCAGGAGAUUGGAGGGAGAAGGAUUGAGCAGAGGGAAGAGAUGAUAGGAUGGAAGAGGAGAGAGUAGCGGGAGAGAGAGAGCGAAGGUUGCGACGGGGCAUUACCAUCUGAGUAGGGGCAGAGUGAGUAGUGUUGGAGGAGAGCGAGAGAGAAAAGGAUACAAAGUAGUGGUCGGAGACAUGGAGGGGAGUUGCAGUGAGAUUAGUAGAAGAGCAGCAUCUAGUAAAGAUGAGGUCAAGCGUAUUGCCUGCCUUGUGAGUAGGGGGGGACGGUGAGAGGGUGAGGUCAAAAGAGGAGAGGAGUGGAAAGAAGGAGGCAGAGAGAAAUGAGUCAAAGGUAGACGUAGGGAGGUUGAAGUCCCCCAGAACUGUGAGGGGUGAGCCAUCCUCAGGAAAGGAACUUAUCAAGGCGUCAAGCUCAUUGAUGAACUCUCCAAGGGAACCUGGAGGGCGAUAAAUGACAAGGAUAUUAAGCUUAAAUGGGCAAGUGACUGUGAUAGCAUGGAAUUCAAAUGAGGAGAUAGACAGAUGGGUCAGGGGAAAAUAGAGAAUGUCCACUUGGGAGAGAUGAGGAUUCCUGUGCCACCACCCCGCUGACCAGAUGCUCUCGGGGUAUGCGAGAACACAUGGUCAGACGAGGAGAGAGCAGUAGGAGUAGCAGUGUUUUCAGUGGUAAUCCAUGUUUCCGUCAGCGCCAAGAAGUUGAGGGACUGGAGGGUAGCAUAGGCUGAGAUGAACUAUGCCUUGUUGGCAGCAGAACGGAAGUUCCAGAGGCUGCCUGAGACCUGGAACUCCACGUGGGUGGUGCGUGCAGGGACCACCAGGUUAGAGAGGCAGCAGCCACGUGGUGUGAGGCGUUUGUAUAGCCUGUGCGGAGAGGAGAGAACAGGGAUAGACAGAGGCAUAGUUGACAGGCUGCAGAAAAUGGCUACAAUAAUGCAAAGGAGAUCAGAAUGAAAUGAACUAAACAUCUGGGAAAGGUGAGAGCGGGGCCUCCCUCACCACAACACCCAAAUAUAACUCUCCCAACUUCCACCUCUGAAACUAUAAUUGUUGUAAACUACAGCGGUUCAAUGUUUUCUAGGAAUAGACUAACUUAGUUUAUUCAGCUAGCUAACUAGGUACAGUAUUCUUCCGUGAAAAUCGUCCAGGGCACCUAGUCAUAAGACGCCACAGCCAGCUAGCAUGCCGGACUCCAACAACACGGUUUAGCACCAAUACUCGGCCACAACAAACCACCAGUGUGUCAACACGCCAAGCAGAUCGUUCGUGUCCGUGUCUAACGUUGUGGGUUAAUCCCGACAGCUUGAGCGAGUCCGUCGUCAACUUAUUCAGCCAGUUAGUUAGCUAGAAUAGUUAGUAUACUAGCUAGCGAUUGCUAGAAUGUUUUAGAAUGUAGAAUUUAGAAUGUUUGACAUCUGCCUUGUCCAAGACAUAUUUGUAUUGACAGACAGCUUGGUUGAAGACAGGGUCUAAGCAGAGUGACAGCACUCUGCUCUCUCUGUUCUCAGGCCGAGGAGGUGAAAGAGCUGGUCAACCAAGAGGUGGUGAACCAGUGUGGUGAGUGUUUAUGUUGUAAUGUGCGCAUGCAGGUCUGUGUGGCUGUGUGUCUGUUCUACAUUCUAAAACUCCCACUGCUGCGGCAUGGCACCCCUGUGUGUUCUGCCAUCUGGUGUGCUCUCUCUGUGGAAUGGCCCGCUGAGAGAGGGGACACCGUGACCGACCGGAGUCAUUCACAAACACCAGACUCAUAAACCAUCACGCCACACACCAGAACCCAUAGGGCCCUUUAACCACAGGGUCAAACGCAUCUUUAGUUUACACCUCCACAACUUCGAGGAGAAAGGCAUUGUUGCCUUAUCCAUAGAGAACAUCACUACAGUAUAUCAUUCGUUUUGUAUCAACAUAUCAUAUAAAAUGUGUGUAAUAACUCAAAGUUGUUUUUCUCCAUUAGUUUCCAGGCGAGGUGCGAAUGCCUGGCUAUGAAAUUGUCAAUUGAAACAAAUAAAAGCCUCUUUAAGACAGGCUCAUGUUUAUUCAAUGGUAGGGGAAACACUGACUAUUCUGUCUGUGGUUGUUGCAGCGAUGGACUUGAAGUUUGUGGUGAAGUCCAAGGACCCGGAUGCUGAGAGCACGUUGAGUGAGAGGGAGCCGGACGAGCCUGUAUCCAUCCUAACUCGCAGCCUACCUGAGGAUGAGAUGGAAGAGGAAGAGGAAAUACUUGAAAAGGAGCUGGUAGGAUCAAACACUCCUCCCCCCGUCCCCUUGCGAGAGGAGGGGACUCCAGGUUAUGGCAACCUUACCGGUAAGUCAAAGUUCAAAGCAGUUUUUGCCGGAGUCUGGUGUAGCGGUCUAAGCUGUUGACCACAUAUAUGCCCCUGGUCCCGAUGUGAUGUUGCUUUCCAUUGACAGUACAGCAUAGCCACACAUUUUUACACAGAAGAAAACCUAAACGUCCCUUGUCUGUCACGAAUGUUGAAUACAAUCAUAUUAAAACUUACUCUGCCGAUUGUCUGUGGGGUUGGUUCUUAUUCGGGUCGAAAUACAAGACAAAUAUCCACAGGAUAUUUCAAAACGCUGGUCUUUUAUUGUCAUACCUCACCUAUUUGAGGACCUAAUAAAUACAUAAAAAUCAGUUCUUUUUUCCUUCAUGUAAACAUUAACCUUGUCCCUAGGUGAGACCCUCGCUUAGACCAAUUCAGUAUCCUAUCCAUCUAGUUACUAACCUCCAGAGUUGAUCCCAACCCUGAAGCUAGACUAUUCUGGGUGGUUAGUGAGUAGAAUAGGACGAGGACAAAGACAGAGGGAAAGCGAGAGAGGGGCAGUGUUUCACGGAUCAUUAUCCUAGCCAGCCCUAGGCUAGUGGGCUUCUCAUCCCAUUUGAAUCCCUAUUUGAACCAAAGAGAUCAGAAAUAAUCAAAGGCUCACUCUAACAUUGCCCCUGUCAAUGUCACCAUUGUUAUGUGUAAUCACCCGUCCGGGAUCGUGACAUGUAGCUUAACGUACAGGUACAUACCCAAAUAUCAGAUCCUUUCAGAUACUCUGAGCAUUUGAUUGAGUUUGCCUGGAGUGCCAGAUGGGUGGGGUUUUCACUUUUGGGAGUAUUACAUUGAUUCCAUUACACCAGACUUGAUUUGCCUGAUAAGAAAUAGUUAAAUAAGAAUAAAAUACAAACUCCAUAAUCUCCUCGGAAAUGCAGUGUAUUUUACAUGCAAAAUGUAUCAGUCACAGACAAACAUCAGACUCGGAGAUAACGGACAUUCAUAGACAUUUCCAUCUCUCAUUAGUCUUAUUUGUCAUAAACCCUUUCCUCCAUAUCUCCCUAUUCAUCCUCCAGUAUGAACCUAUAGAGAGUCACUAAGAGAGACCAAGUCAGUCGGACAGACUUAAGUGGCGUCAUUGCCGAGUCUGCAGACCAGGGCUGUAUUCCAAAUGGCACUUCAUUCCCUGUAUAGUGUAAUACUUUUGACCAGGGCCCAUAGAGUUGACAUUUAUCAAUGGCCAUGUGUGUUGAUUAGAGGAGUGGGAGUGGGACGCAGCGGACCCCACUUAGUGGUAAAUGGUUAAAUCUGCCUGUCUGUAAUCUAAUGAUUGCUCCCGUCUCUCGGCCAUCAGACUCUGGAGCGGACGGGGGAGCGGACUGGGGACUGACGCACAGAAGACGAAGGGUGCCGAGAGUUGGGCCGCGCUCAUCAGGUGAACAAAUUGAACUGGCCGACAUCUUAAAGAGAAAUAGGUAUCCUUGUCUAUUGUUCAGCGUGAAGGAUUACUUUAUAUGUUUAAGUUUAAGGGGCGAGUGACUCUCUGCAGAGAAGAGAGAGAGAGAAGGAAAGAUAGAGCUGCGAGAGAGAGAGAGAGAGGAGAGAGAGAGAGGGGGGGGCAGCGAUAGAGGAUCUAGCAGAUCAGGAGGAGCUGAGCGGGAGAGACGGAGAGAGAGGAGGGAAGAAGCGGGAUACUAGCGACGAGAGAAGAGAGGAGAGGGUUGUGCUUUUCCCUUUUUCCCCCGGUCCUUUUUAGGCCCCGGGGGGGCUUCUCCUGGGGGCCCCUUUGCCUUCCCCCUUUUUUUCUCUCUUUUCCCCUUUUUUUCUCUUGUUUCUCCCCUCUCCCCGUUUUCUUCUUUCCUCGUCCUCAAUUUUUUCUCUCUUUUAAUCUCUUUUUUUUUCCCCUGGGCCCCUUCCCCCCCCUUUUUUCCCCCGGGGGGGCCCCUGUUUCCCCCCGGGGGCGGGAACCCCCCCCCCCGGCCCGGCCCCCCCCCCCCGGGGGGGGCCCCCCGGGGGGGGAAUCGGGGGGGGCCCCCUUUUACGACCCGGCGCUCCCGGGGACUCUUUUUCCGGGGCGCUCUCUCUCCUCUCUCUCUCUUCUUCUCCUUCUCUUUUUGCCUCUUGCUUCUUUCUCUUUCCUCUCCUUUCUUUCUUGGGGAAAAAAAUUGAAAAAGAUCAAUUUUUUUGGGAAAGUUUUUGGAAACUGAAUUUAAAAAAAACUAUUCAAUAACAUAAUUCACUUAAUUAAUGGAUGAUCUAACAAUAAUAAUAAUAAUAAUAUGUCAUUUAGCAGACGCUUUUAUCCAAAGCGACUUACAGUCAUGUGCGCAUACAUUUUUACGUAUGGGUGGUCCCGGGGAUCGAACCCACUACCCUGGCGUUACAAGCGCCAUGCUCUACCAAUUGAGCUACAGAGGACCACAAAUGACUUAUAUGCUUGAUAUCACAGCACAAUGAACAUUAUUUCUCUGGUUUCUACAAAUUAUUUUUAUUCACUGAGGAUAAUAUGCCUAAUUCUACGUGUUUUUGAAUGUGUUCACUCUUGUCAAACAUGCCUCAGAAAAGCUUCUCUUAAUACUCUGAUACUUAACUCCUAUAAUUUAGUGAUUAGCCUGGUCCCAGAUCUGUUUGUGCUGUCUAGGUCCUACGGUCAUCGUCAUGUUUGGCACAAACAAAUCUGUGACCAGGUUAUAUUUUCUCUUCUUUUGCUUUAGACUUGACCCCUGACCCCUGCCUGCAGCCCAUGUCAGAGGGGGGGUGUUGGGAGUAUGUCCUGCUGUGGUACUACCACCACCGCUCCGGGGAGUGCCGGCCGUUUGUCUACGGGGGCUGUGAGGGCAACCACAACCGCUUCAACACCAAACACGAGUGUCAGAGGUGGUGUGGGAAAGAGAGGAGAGGUAGGGAACAACUUGGUGGCGGUAGUCUCCAGGUUAGAGAGUUGACGGGAGGAACCCCUCAUUAGAUGGGGGACAUCUGUGGGGAGGUGAACCGACAGCCGGAGGGUUACCGGCUUCAAUAUCCCAUGUGCUAUAUACCGCUCUAGUGCCCUUGAGCAAGGCACUUUACCCCUAAUUGCUCCAGAGGCAGGUUGGGUACUGUGACAGAAAAAAAAAUAGGAUUUUUCAGUCCAAAUGGACCAAUAAAGCAAGUAUUGUAUUCUAUUGGAAUAACUACAGAACAUUUGGGAAGGAGAGGAGAGGUAGGGAACCACUAGGGAUGACUAGGGAAUGACGAGGAGAUUUGGGAAUGAGACGUAUACGUAUUUCCAUUUUCAAGGUAUGUCCAUUGUGACAACUAGCAUGUCCGUUGACAACUAGAAACUGUACAUUUCCUAAAAGAAAAUGCAGCAGUUGAAUGCACCAUCAAUCAGGGCCAAGGUUGGUAUUCAGGAAUAGAAGGGGUAAAAGAUGGAAGGAACCAAUCAUACUAGCCAGAGCUGGCACUAGAAAAGAGAGGUGGUCUAGACAGCCAUUGUGAAUCUUGGGAUAAACAUGGGCACACACCAGACAGCCGGGUCAAACAUUAUUUGAAGUGCACUUGAUUUAGCUUGCCGUUUGACAAAUGUAUUUGACAUCAGUCUGGCACACACAAAUGCAAUGUCAAAGAAGCAUGCGCAGUAAGCUAUUGUUGCAUUACAUAACAUAUCCAUUGUUUCUUCACAGGUCUUGAGCCUAGAAGGUGAGAGAGAGCCCGCCAAUCAAGACAAUUCUUUUUUGUAAAUGCCACAGUGUAAAAUGUUAGAAUUUUUGUGCAGAUCUGUUUUUUUAUAUUUAAAGUAAACUAAUGAUUACCCACACUUGAGAGAAAUGCCCAUAUAGACCAGAACUGCAUGGGUUUCAAAUAUUUGCAAAAUAAUUUGAAAUUCUUUAUCUGUGCCUGUUUGAGCUUGCCUGGCUUAAUAACCCAAUAGAAAAGUCCCCAAACUGCAAAACCUUGCCCAUCUGGCAGUCUCAAGCAAAUGCUCAAUGGAUUUCUCAAGUAAUUGAACGCAGGCAUUAUAUUUUCUAUGGACUAUGAGAAUUAUAGUUGACUCACUAUGUGAAUGUUAUGAAUGUGUUCUUUCAUGUUGUAUGUUUUAAUCAAAAGACAGCCUGCCAUUCUGUUAUACUACUUCUAAGUGCAUCAUUUGUUCUAGCUGUUUAAAUUCUGAGUUUUUAUCACUUAAACCCUGAAACUACUGAAAGAUUUGUAUUGUAUUGGUACAUGAUUCUACACCAAUGGCACUGUUUAUGUGAAUUGAUAAUGAGUAUUUACUAUUUUAAUGUGUGUCAUUAAAUCACAACAAUGAGUCUAUGAA